AUGACUGAAAGGAAUAGAAUAGAGUACCACAAGCAAGACCUGAGCAUUGCGAUAGAAGUCGGCGACAGGGCCGGACAAGGACGUGCCUAUUGCAAUCUCGGCAUUGCUUAUGCCUCCCUUGGCCAAUUCCAACAAGGAAUAGAGUACCUCAAGCAAGACCUGAGCAUUGCAAUAGAAGUCGGCGACAGGGCCGGACAAGGACGUGCCUAUUGCAAUCUCGGCAUUGCUUAUAAAUCCCUUGGCCAAUUCCAACAAGCAAUAGAGUACCACAAGCAACACCUGAGCAUUGCAAUAGAAGUCGGCGACAGGGCCGGACAAGGAGGUGCCUAUGGCAAUCUCGGCAAUGCUUAUCAAUCCCUUGGCCAAUUCCAACAAGCAAUAGAGUACCACAAGCAAGACCUGAGCAUUGCAAUAGAAGUCGGCGACAGGGCCGGACAAGGACGUGCCUAUUGCAAUCUCGGCAAUGCUUAUCAAUCCCUUGGCCAAUUCCAACAAGCAAUAGAGUACCAGAAGCAACACCUGAGCAUUGCAAUAGAAGUCGGCGACAGGGCCGGACAAGGAGGUGCCUAUUGCAAUCUCGGCAAUGCGGCAACAGGGCCGGACAAGGAACACCUGAGCAUUGCAUGGCAACAAGGACGUGCCUAUGGCAAUCUCGGCAAUGCUUAUCGAUCCCUUGGCCAAUUCCAACAAGCAAUAGAGUACCACAAGCAACGCCUGAGCAUUGCAAUAGAAGUCGGCGACAGGGCCGGACAAGGACGUGCCUAUGGCAAUCUCGGCAAUGCUUAUCAAUCCCUUGGCCAAUUCCAACAAGCAAUAGAGUACCACAAGCAACGCCUGAGCAUUGCAAUAGAAGUCGGCGACAGGGCCGGACAAGGACGUGCCUAUUGCAAUCUCGGCAAUGCUUAUAGAUCCCUUGGCCAAUUCCAACAAGCAAUAGAGUACCACAAGCAACACCUGAGCAUUGCAAUAGAAGUCGGCGACAGGGCCGGACAAGGAGGUGCCUAUGGCAAUCUCGGCAAUGCUUAUCAAUCCCUUGGCCAAUUCCAACAAGCAAUAGAGUACCACAAGCAACACCUGAGCAUUGCAAUAGAAGUCGGCGACAGGGCCGGACAAGGACGUGCCUAUGGCAAUCUCGGCAAUGCUUAUGACAGCCUUGGCCAAUUCCAACAAGCAAUAGAGUACCACAAGCAACGCCUGAGCAUUGCAAUAGAAGUCGGCGACAGGGCCGGACAAGGACGUGCCUAUUGCAAUCUCGGCAAUGCUUAUCAAUCCCUUGGCCAAUUCCAACAAGCAAUAGAGUACCACAAGCAACACCUGAGCAUUGCAAUAGAAGUCGGCGACAGGGCCGGACAAGGAGGUGCCUAUGGCAAUCUCGGCAAUGCUUAUUUAUCCUUCGAGGACUUCAAACAAUCAUGGGAACACCACAAGAAAAGCCUUAGCAUUGCAAUAGAAGUCGGCGACAGGAAUGAAGAAGGAAGGGCCUAUGGCGGUCUCGGCUUAGUUUGUAAAUCCCUCGGCGACUUCCAAGGAGCAAUAGAGCAUUAUAAGCAAAGCCUAAGCAUUGCUAAGGAAGUGGGCAACAGGUCCAGAGAGGGAUAUACCUAUGCCAAUCUUGGCCUUGCUUAUUUAUCCCUUGAACAAUUCCAACAAGCAAUCGAGUACUACAAGCAACAGCUCAAAAUUGCUAAGGAAGUGGCUGACAUGUUCCUAGAAGGACGUGCCUAUCAGUACUUGGGUAUGGCUCAUAUGUUGUUAGGUUCUCUGGAUGAGGCUGUAGGUAAUUUCAAAUUCAGCGUAAAAGCGUUUGAUACUAUUAGGGCUAGUUUCAUUUCGGAAGAUGCAUUGAAAAUAAGUUUUCAUGAGCUUUACGUAUCUAGCUAUCGUUAUUUAUGUCGAGUUCUUAUAGCGCUUCAAAAGACGGAUGAGGCUUUGUACGCGGCCGAACGGGGACGAGCAGCAGCUUUGCUAGAUGCCUUGAAAAUAAAGUAUGGCCUUACAUCCCUUUCGCCCAUUUCAAAUGAAACUGAUUUCGCAUGCAUUUCAAGGAACAUAUCUGUUUUGACAACGUUUAUUGCAUUGGACAAUGGAACAAUAAGCUGGUGGGUACUGGGAAAGAAAACCAACGCUAUUUUUAGGGAAACAGUACUAAAAAGUGGAAGGGCACACGAAGAUCCCUUUGAUGCACUUUUGAAAGCUUCUUUGAAACAAAUUGGGGCUGGCAGAGAUGUUAGAUGCGAGAAUCGGUCACUUGAUGUUUUAAGAGAUAAGUCAACUUUGAGUACUCAGGAAGAUGAUGAAAUAACGAUUCCAUCGCACGAGAAUAUCGACUGGUUACAGCCAUUGCAUGAUAUAGUUUUUGGUCCCAUUGAAGACUUACUUGAUGGCGAUGAACUGGUUGUAGUCCCUGAUGGUGCUUUGUGUUUAGCUCCUUGGACAGCCUUAAGUGAAACUUUAAGGAUCCGUAUUAUUCCCUCACUGACAAGUUUGAAAGUAAUAAGAGAUUCUUCAACUGAAUACCACAGUAAAACUGGCGCCCUGCUUGUUGGAGAUCCAUGUUUGAGGAAAGUUACAAAUAAAAGGGAUAAACCCAUUUAUGAUCAGCUGGAGUUCGCAAAAAAAGAAGUGGAGAUGAUUGGAAAACUUCUUAACAGCCAACCACUCACAGGAGAAGCUGCAACCAAAAAAGAGGUGCUUCGGAGAAUAGAUUCAGUCGCUUUGAUUCACAUUGCAGCACACGGAGGAAAGGAAGCUGGUGAAAUUGCUUUGGCUCCCAACCCCGGGUGGCAAUCCAAGACUCGUAUCCCUAAGGAAGAGGACUACAUGUUGAAAAUGUCUGAUUUACAAGCCAUUAAGCUGAGAGCGAGGCUAGUGGUUCUUAGUUGCUGCCAUAGUGGUCAAGGAGAGGUCUCGUCUGAGGGUGUGGUCGGUAUGGCAAGGGCUUUCUUGUUUGCUGGUGCUCGUUCUGUGCUGGCGUCACUCUGGGCAAUUGAUGAUGAAGCCACAAUGGUGUUUAUGGAAUGUUUCUACCAACACCUGAGAGUUGGAGAAAGUGCCAGUACUGCUCUGCAGAAGGCCAUGAAACGCCUUCGAGAUUCGGACGACUUUUCCGCCCCAAAGUACUGGGCUCCAUUUGUGCUGAUUGGCGAUGACGUCACGAUUGAAUUUGAUGUAAACCGUUGA